AUGCUGGAAAACGUGGUCGCUUGGGUUCUUAAUAAUUAUGUAGGGGAAUAUUUGGAGAAUUUGAAUACUGACCAAUUGAGCAUAGCUUUGCUGCAAGGACAGGUUGAAUUGGAAAAUGUUCCGUUGAAGAAAUCGGCUUUGCGUAAAUUUGAUGUUCCACUAAAGCAUCCAUUUUCUAUCGAUGAAACCUAUGUUGUUUAUUCCCAUGUUCGAUAUCCCACUUUGUUGGAUACUUUUCGUAAUUGGGUGAAAUCUGGCUUGCUUGGGAAACUUACACUAUCGGUACCAUUAACGCGACUGCGAAGUGAACCAUGGGUUAUCAAAAUGAGCGACUUACUGGUACUUCUAGAACUAUCCCCAUCGGUUCGAUAUGAUGUUGAGAAUGUGGAAAUCUAUGAGCAAGCUAAAAAGGAACAGCAACUAGAGGAUCUAGAAAAAUAUCAUAAGAGGCAGUUGCUAAGUUAUUGGGGUUUGCCUAAUCAUGACAAUUCAUCGGAGCAGAAUUGGUGGGGGGCUUCGUUGGUAUCAACCAUCGUUAAUAAUAUUCAGUUAGUUCUAUCUAAUGUUCAUAUACGAUAUGAAGAUGAUAGGACGUUAUCGAACAAUGAAUCGUUUGUAUGUGGUGUGCGUAUACAUAAUGUCAGCAUGCAAACUACAGAUUCACAUUGGGGAAUUGGAUACAUACAGCCUCAAGAUGGUGUAAAUAUGUUUAAGAAAUUAGAAAUAGAAGGUUUGUCGGUGUACUGGAAUUGCGGACAGCAAGUCACUGAAGAGAUCAAAAAUCACAUGGAUCUGCAGUAUAUGAUGGCACCAGAAAUCAACAGAGAUGAUGUAUGCAUUCUUCAACCGUUCAACGGGCAUUUAUAUAUGGAAAGGAAUACAAAUAAAUUUCCUUUGAAAACGUACCCCUAUAUUCCUAGAUUCAAAUUUAAUUUAUGUCCUGAAAAAGUUAUAAUUGAACUUACGAAACGACAACUCUUGGAAAUGGGUUCAUUAGGAAAUGAAUGGGCUCGAUUUGACAGAUCAAGACAACAUCGAAAAUGGCGACCAUUAACUACUGUUGGCGAAAAUGCAAAAGAGUGGUGGAAUUUUGCAUACAAUCGUAUACAGGAUCAAGAAAGGCAACGAAAAACGCGACACACUUGGAGUUUUGCUUAUAAUCGUGCAAAGCAACUGAAUUCAUAUUGUCGAGCUUAUCGACGGAGAUUAUUAUCGUAUUUGGAGACAGCUGCAGUUUCCACCACUGGUCAAUCAAAUAAAUUUAAUGAAAAAUAUGAGACAUCACAUUUUGGAAAUGUUUCUCGCCAAAAUUAUGAUAUAGAACCUACGGAAGAAGUGAGAACUGCCAUAAGUUCAAAUUUAUCGACCACUGCUUCUUUAAAAAGAACUGCAAACUCCGAGGAUUUAAUUUUGAUGAAACAGAUCGAAAGAGAUUCCAAUUAUACCUAUCACGAAUUGCAAUUAUUUCGCGAAACAGUGUAUCGGCGGAUCCUUGCUGAAAAAGAAGCACGACGUUCAUGUAGUGAAAACAGACUGCAGUCGGAUGACGAAAGCUUUGAGAACAUCGAAUUUCCUGCACUUCGUCAUGACUCAGAUACUGAUCGAACAACUAGUAGUAAUCAUUCACAUUCCGAGGAAACAGCAAAAAAUUCUGGUGGCGGAUUGUACAGUUGGCUGAGUAAUUGGAUAUAUGGUCCACGAAAAGAAGAAGCAAAAUCAGAAAAAAACGGUCGUGAUGAGUCUGUGUUCGAUGAAUUAUCCAGCACUGAAAAGGAAAGCUCGUUAACCACAGAUUUUAAGCUGGUUGAGGAUGAAAUUUUGGAUGUGCUGAACGAGAGCAGGGAUGAUUCAACCAUAUUACAUCGUGAUACUCUACUAGCGGAAGUAAAAUUAAAACUAGAAAGGAUGACCAUACGUUUCACAGAUGACUUUGAGAAUCAAAAAGAUGGAAGUACACGAGUGCUGGCAAUGGACCUAUGGCAAUUAGCAAGCUGUGUUCAUCUAAGCCCACGUCGUCACAGUACAACUAUGUCACUUACUGUUGCUGAUUUGAGUCUACAAAGGUUGUGCACUUUUCCUGCGGAAGAUAUGUCGGUCGAAAAUACACAAAAUGAUGAAAGCGAUAAACAAGAAAGUGAAUCAUUGAUGUUCGGAUUUGCGAAAGAAACCACUCAAAUAUUAUUUGCCAUUGGGAAGGCUGGAAAGACUGGCGGUUCACAUGCUUUAGAUAGUGCCAAAAACAGUGACUUGGAUAAUGCACUGUUUCGAUUAUCAUAUCAUCGCCGUGCUCCAAAGAUGGUGGUGACACACACGCUUGAUGUAAGGUGCAGUGAAUUAUCAGUAUUGUAUAAUGAAGGUGCUUUUGAUGAUUUAGCUACUUUUUUCAGCGACAAAAACGAAAUAAAACAGGAUAAAAAUUUCGACCCUAUACUGAUGGAUGUUAUCACUAUCAUUGACUUCGCCAUUCAUUGUCCCCAGCUAAAAGUGGAAUUGCGUAGCAAACGAGGAAAUUUAUUAGAUCUAAAAAAGAAAUCAGCAAUGUCAACACCAUUCGCUCUGGCAGAUGUAAAGCAUCUAAUAGUUGGAAUAUCAAACAGAGAGCAAUUCAUUACAACGGUUGAAAUUGAGUUUGGUUCGUUGGAAGUUAAAGAUUUGUUUGAACCGACAACCGAUUCACUAUUAUGCAUAAGAAGUCAAGCUUCCUUUCUUAAGAAACAAAUGUCCACUUCAUGUCCAACUUUGGAUGCUGACGACUUAUGGUUCCGACCUUCAUUUCGACAGCAUAAACGUAGCCUCAGCGUAAGUUCGCGUCAUAUCACAAUGGAUACCAAAAAUGAAAGAUUAAGAAGCUCACGGGAAAGUGCUGCCCUCAACAGCAGUGGAUUAAAGGAUAUUAACGUUCUUGGUGCUUGUCGUUUCACACUUCUGUUAAUUGAUAAAAAGCACCCAUCCUUUGAAUCUACCUAUAAAAAAAUAAGCUGUUUGGUCAAUAUGGAUAUACCAAAAAUAGAAAUAUGCAUGAAUCGACGAAGUUAUACACUUUUACUCGAUUUUUUUGGCUUGUUGGAACCAAAAAUGGAGCUUCCAGAGGACUAUAUCGAAAUUCUAGCACGCCCAUCUGCAGCUGAUACAAAUAUAGUAUUACAAGAUUUAGAGCCAUAUUAUAUAAAAGUGAAUGUCAGUACCGGCUUGGUGCAGAUAACGAUGAAUUAUCCAGGAAGCAAAUAUCAUUUAGGUGUAAUCCGAGUAGAGGAAAUGUUCAUUAGUGCACAGGCAAGGAUCAACGACGACGAAGUACCACUGGAAAUGUCAUUAUUGCUGGGAAAUUGUUCACUAUCGGAUAGCACACCCUUUUAUUCAGAAUUAUAUAGCGAACGUAUUGGUCUUCGAGCUAAGAACGAAGCGUUCAAACGAACUUUUUUUUCAGAUGAUGAAAAGCAAAAACAUUUGUUAUCUUCUCAUGCAACUGUGGAAAUUAUUAAGUGUUUGUGCGCAAAAUCAGCUGCAGUUAGAGGAUAUGACGUGAGUAUUGUGCUACGAAUACCAUCAGCGAUGAGCAUCGCAUAUGUUCAUACACAUCGCUAUUUUAAUGCACUGUUGGAUUUUUGGCAGCAGUUUAUAGAACUACAGAAUAUUGUUCUGCGGAAUAACGUUUCGUCUACACAUAUUCGAAUGAACAAUGAUGUGCGAAGCAGAAUACAACUAAUUUGUGAAAUUGAAUGUCCGUGCAUGAUUAUCCUUCCGCUCAAUCAAUUGUCUAAUCAAGUGAUUCUCUGUGAAACUGCUAAUGUCCAUAUCAGUAAUCAGUUCCAGUUAUCAUCUUUAAUUUCCAAGUUCAAGGAUUUCGAAAUUGGCAAUAUUUUUGAUGAUGAUGAUUACGAUUGUUGGAUCGAUUGGAUGUCGGUUAUUUGCACUGAAACAUCAAUUUGUGAAGGUUUGCGAAUACCGAACACCAAAGCUGCAGUUCGUGAAGUACCGGGUUAUGAAAGAGUAUGCUGUGAUAUAUUUCAACAUUUCCAUUUCUUAAGUUCGCGAAAAAGUAUACUUUCGAAACCUUUUAAUUUGUUAAUAGACAUUUUCCGAAAUCUGGAUAUUUUUAUUUCGCACAGAGUACCAGACAUAGUAAUUACUUCAUCACUUGCCAAUCUAAACGUCAAGUUAACUAGUGACUUUUAUCGAUUACUGCGCGGUUUCUUAUCGAUGAACUUAGGUGAUCCUUUAAUUCCGGCAUCAGAAACGAUCCCAAUCGAAGUCUUGCAGAAACCUGCGGAAUUGCAUGCAAGUUUUCAGUUAAAUUUCAACUCUGCCAUAUUUUUUCAGGAGGUUGUUGGAGCGAGUAAUAACUAUGCAUCGUUUUCAUUUCGAAUGACGCUUACGAAUGUUGAGUUUAAUUGUUUCGUGCAAUGCGAAAAUCCUUCUCAAGGAUUUGCACCAUUAGUUGGAGUGAAAUUGAAUUCUUCACGCAUAUCAUUCGAUGUCUAUAUUAAUAAUCAGUCAGAAUUGGAUUUAAUUUGCGAAAGUACUGAACUUAUCGACACGCAAUUUUUUGAUAUGGAAUUUGAUAAGAGGCCAAAUGUUUUUUACUCAGUUCUUUUUCCGUUGCCCAAGGGGGAUUCGAGCAGAAGUAAACUUAUGUCCGAAGCUCAUAUUAUUUUUAAAUGCGAUGAACCACCCGUAAUUACACUGGUCUUAUUAAAUGCACGAUUACUUUUGCUACUGGAUUGGCUCAAUGAUGUGAAAAAUUUUGUUCUUCUUCACUCUGAUUUCAUACCGCCAGUGGAAAAUGCAUACCGAGGCAUUGCGCACACAACGAAAUCAGGAAUUAUGGAGCGAGAUCCACAAAUCCGUGAGUCUAUGGAACGGACUUUUUCAUUAAAAAUCACACUAAAAGAAUGUGAUUUGAUACUUCUUGAGAAGCCAGAAUCUCUGCACAGUUUGGCCCUUGUGGCUCAUACUACUGCUGUCUUGAAUAUGAACGACGUACGCAAAUUGUUGAAUAUUAAUUUGGAGAUACAGCAAGUUAACUUGGACUGGUUUAUGAUGAUGUCUGAAAAUGAAAGCAGGUGUCAAUUAACGAAUGAUUUCUCGGUGACACUCAGCCUUUCAGAAGAUGAUGUAGACAUUGAAGGACAGCCUCUAAAACUUGGACUCUGUUCAAUUAUUCCUAUUAAACAUCAACUUGUUGUUGAAAUCAGUGAUAUGGUGGCAAGGGUAUCCUACCGAGAUCUUCGCGUGAUGCGAAACGUCUUCGCUUCGUCAUUCAAGAGGUUGAAUAAGUCACUAGAAAAAAACGUUAUUCCGAAAUGUGAUACCCAUUUGACUAAAAAAGAAGACGCAUUUAUUAAUGUUGUUCGUACAAUCGUAAAAGGCAAUUGUAUUGCCUUCUGGUUAAUGGAUGAUCAUCAAAACACAGUUUUUCCGCUUAUUCGAUGCAAAUUUAAAAGAUUUUGUUUGAAUCGAUAUCUAGAGAAAAUUAAUGCCUCGUUCACAUUUAUCGCGGAUUAUUUCAAUCAAAAUAUUUUUGGUUGGGAACCAUUAAUUGAAGACUGGGAAUUGAAACAGUUGACAGUGGUUACCAAAAACGGCACUACAGUUAUAGAUGUUUUUGCUGAUGAACUCAGUACCUUCAACAUCAACAUCACUCAAGCGUUUUUGCGACAGGCAGUGCGUUUCAAUUCGCAAUUGUCUGAAAUCAAGCAUGGUAUGGAUGAAGAUUUUCGUGGACCAUGUGUGCGAUCAAGAUCAGAUCAUCUUCCUUAUAUUUUGCACAAUGAGACCGGUUCCACCCUACGUUUCACAACAGCUACUGAUGAGGUGUUGGAAGCUAGAUCUAUGCAAAGAAAGUCCACAGCCAAGUGGUAUCAAAUAGCUCCAGAUGCUUCAAUUACCUUCGAAUUUCCCACAAAGAGGCUCACCAUUGCAGAAAAUUCGGAAGAAACCCAUCAGCUUAUAGUCCGUGUUGAUGGUUGGGAUGAAAUAUCUCCCGUAAAUGUGGAUGCAGUUGGUACAUAUUUUCGGCUUGCCAGAUGUUCAACUUCCAGAGCUGCAGAUGGUAAUUUUGGAAUUAAUGUCCGUUUGGUUAUUGUUGUUGCGAUGGAUAAGAAUGGUCGAAAAGUGGUGACUAUACGAUCCGCAUUAACAGUUAUCAAUCACCUUGUUGAUCCUAUUUUGCUGAUUCUUACUUGUGGGAGUUCGAAAAUUCCAGAAACAUCAAUCAUUCGAGUUGAUUCGAAAAAAACGUUGCAUGUGCCGCUCAAAUUUGCAAGCGCCUCAGUGGCUGUCAAACCAGAUGGUUGGAAUUGCUCGAAGGCCCAUGAAGUUAAAUGGCAAGAAGCAAAGAAUGCAGGCGAAAGAAUCAAUAAAUUGUUGAAAUUCGAUAUAUUUGACGCAUAUUACUGGAUGUGCCUAUCGAUAAAACGAGAACAUUAUCCGGAAUACGAAAUGCUGUCUGGACACACAAUAAAUUUUUCACCUCCUCUGUCUGUCCUUAAUUUAUUACCAGUUGAUGCAGAAUUUCGGAUUGUUAAUAGAAAGUAUGCUGUUUCUGCCAGUAAACAAAUACAGAUUACAUCUGUUAAUACCGCUGAAAAUAUCAGUUUUAAGGUUGUCACUGACCGAUUCGUCUCAAUGCGCGAAAUUACAGUCACAAAAAGUUCACUGAUGCAGAAAGCCGGUGAUGUUGUAGAUCGUUUGCACUUGCGCAUGAAAGAUUCGAAAAAGCGAUAUCUGGAUAUGUAUUGUAGUCUAAGUAUUGGUAGCAGUGGAGCUGUUUUACUGUCUUUAUGGGUACCGUACUGGAUCGUUAAUAAAUCUGGUAUUCCACUAAUCAUCAAACAGGAAGCAACAAACGGUACAGCUGCUGGACAAAUGGAAGAACAUGAAAGUGCAAAGGAUCGAAAUCCAUUAAUGUUCUCAUUUGCUAACGACAACUGCCCGAAACAAUGUACUGUAAGGAUUGGCCAAAAUUAUGCCAGUGAUCAAAGCUACAAACCACUGUUUGGACCCAAGUUUCCACUUACAGUUGGACUACAUUCUAUGAAAUUACGACUAGUACACGAUCAGCAUCCGACGCAGAUAUACAACAUUGGUGUGGAAGUGCGACAAGGAACUGGCAGAUACAAAGAUACUCAAGUUGUUAUGUUAACCCCACGUUACGUGCUUAAUAACCAAACCUCUUUCGGACUUUCGCUAAGUCACAUUGAUCACAUUGAUCAGCCCAGUCAGCAUGUAAAAGUGGCUAGCAAAUGCAACUUUAUUUGGAAUGAAAAUUUUGAAGAUAAUCGAAUGAUAUGUGUGAAACGCGAUGAUGUCAAGUACUGGAGUUGUCCAUUUAGAAUCGAUCUCAUCAGCUCCUUCCAUGUUACUAUGAGAGAUGCAGAUGAAACACCUCAGUUUCUGAGAGUUGAGGUGAUACUCAACAGUGCUAUAUUCUACGUUACCUUCAUGAACGUUUGUUACUACCCACCACCAAUUCAGCUGGAAAAUUUAUCCGACGUUCCUGUGUUAUACCAGCAAAAAAUUGAAAGGCCUCGAAGCUCUCACUUGCGUACGAUUUGUAAAGCACGAAGUACAGUAGAUUAUGCUUGGGACGAUCACUAUGCACCAAAAUUAUUGAUACUUCAAGUGUUUGAGAACAAAUCCAAUUUAUAUGAUCCACAAAAACCAGGAAUGGGACCGCCUUUGGUGUAUACUAACGAUGUGUUUAUUAAAUUCGCGCAUUCUUUUGGCAGGAAACCGGAAGAUGGCUUCACAGAUGAACUUGAACUGGUAUUGGAAGUACUGCAUAAGGGGAAAGUAAUACUUAAUAAACUAAACCCCAGCGACAGUAGUUGUAACCAAUUGUGGCGCUUUGCACAAGAUGGUUGUUUGGAAAAUAUUGGGAUGAAUAAUCGUUCAAAAAUGGGAGAACGUUACGUGCUUGACGUUCUGGAUAAAGGUGGAUUUGUAUUAAUGAUGCUAAAACGAAACUCAGCAAGGGAUCGUUUUCAAAAAUGGCAGUUCACACCGGAAAAGCAGUUGUGUUGUAAAGUGGAGGGAAUGUUUGUUGAAGCACGCAAAACAGAAGUGGUACUCUCUAUUCCAAACAAGAAAUCUCAACUGAAUAAAAAAGGAGUUCCGCUUGAACAGAUUUGGGAAUUACAGUCGCAACUCCCAGGAAGUGGCAUUUUGGACGUUGAAUGCUUUCACAAGGGACCUACUUUGGUAGUCCGCAUAACGGAUCGAAAGAAACCAUAUCAAGCACAUGCAGUACACCGUUCUGGUCAGCCACAUUAUUUGCAACCGCUAUUUGGUACCUGUGAAACAAAUUUUAACAAUCUGUGCAACUUCGAAGUAAAUGUUUCGAUGAGAAAUGGUGUUGGAUUAUCUUUCAUCAAUGGAUUACAUGAAGAAUUGAUUUAUGCGCGAUUUCAAGGAAUAGUGUUGCAUGUGAAUCGUCAAGGUUCAACAUAUCAAAUAACUGGCAGCGUUGAAGUGAUUCAGGCUGAUAAUCAAUUACUGACGACUGAUCGGUGGCAAGUUUUAUUUUGCCAGCAAGAUGCAACAAGUACCGAAUCAGGUCUCACCGAAUCGUAUAUUUCGGUUCCUGCUUUGAAGUUAGAAAUGAAUUGGACGCCGCUGGAACAUUACGAUGCAUUUGACUGUUUUCGGUUGAAAAUGUGCAAUUUGUCGAUACAACUCGAUGAAAUACUGUUAUGGAAAAUUGUCCAGUUUGUACAAAAAGCGGAAGCUGCUGAAAGUAUGAAGCCUACUGCAUUAUUGCAGCCACCAAACACAGAGCUUGAUAAACUAGAUCGGGUGCAAGCACGUAAAUGUUAUUUUGGAACCUUUGACUUGGAAAUUGGUGCUGUGGCACUUUCAGUUGUAACAGUUGCGACUAGUGGUCUACCACCUGAUUUGCGGAAACUGAAACGGCAGUUCAAUGUGAAACUAGUCAGUUUCGAAAACGCAAUGAUUUCUCUUCCACCAUUUCGGCAGUUUCGAUAUUUUGAAACCUUUUCAUUUCUGAUUGAAACACUCAGCAAAUUUUAUGUCGAAGAGUUAAAGAAUCAAACUUUCAAUAUCAUAGUAACGAUGGAUGCUUUUGGUAAUCCUUUGGGUCUCGCUUCUGAUUUGAAGGAAAGUUUCGAGGGACUGUUGUUCGAGGGCAAUUUGGGCGGUUUUGUUAGCGGCUUAGGAUAUUGUUUCACUAAUAGCAUAUCGAAGGUAGCAUCAUCAAUGGCAACUGGUGUCGGUGCGCUAACCUUCGAUGAACGACAUGAAAUGAUGAGGCGCCGAAUGUUGCGAUGCCAACCGCAAGCAGAUAGUAAUAGUGCACUUGCUCAUCUCUAUUGCGGUGUAAAAGGUUUAGGUGUUGGUGUUUUGGGCGGCUUAACUGCUAUUUUAACUAAUACAUAUAACGAAAGUCGUAAGGAUGGACUUACCGGUGCUAUGCGUGGAAUUACGACUGGUGCUGUAGAUACGGUAACGAAGCCUGUACAAGGAAUUUUCGAUUUAGUCGAAGGAACAGCUUCAGCUGUUAAAGAAAUAGUUGGCGGUCCAUCAACGAGGAAGUCACACUUUCCACUACAUCGCGUUCGAUUACCAAGAGUAACAAUGAAUUUACAAUCACUGUUGCCUUGCUAUUCUGAAGGGCUUGCUUAUGCACAGCUAGAGCUUUUAAGGAUCAAUGGAUUUGCUACAAAUGAAAUGUUAUUGGAUAUAGAAAUGUUAUUAGAUCAAGUAACAAUCACAAAUCGAAUAAGACAGUAUGCAUUGGUCUGUUCUGAGCAGUGUUAUAUUGUUCGACAAAUUGAUUUAGAACCCAGCAGUGUGGUACAAAGGAUACCUUACAAACAGCUUAAAUUAAUUCAGGCAGUUUCUGUCAGUGAAAAAAAUAGCUUCUUUGGAACUAUAGAAGUAGUGCUAGAAGUUUCAACUGGCCGAAAACAACGUUUACCGCACAUCUGGUGUAAUCGUUUUGAAGUAGCGAAAAGACUUUGUGAAAAAGUAGGUCGAGCUAAACAAUUAUAUGAUCAUGGGAAAAGAACACUAAAUACUGUGGAUGAUUUCGAUAUUCUUUGA